GUCAGCUGACCAGGGUCCGCGUAGGAGGAAUCUGAAGUUCGGCCGGCCGGACUAACCCAGCUAAGGGGCUGGCUGGGCGGCCGACGGACGGACAGGCUGGGGCGGCCUCGGCGGCGUUAGCUGAGCAGAGGCAGGAUUUCCCUGGGGAGAAUCUUCACUCAGAGCUUGCUGACAGCCAAGGAUGGCAAGCAAAGGGCCCUCGGCCUCUGCAUCUCCUGAGAACUCUAGUGCAGGGGGCCCCAGCGGCAGCAGCAAUGGCGCUGGUGAGAGCGGAGGGCAGGACAGCACCUUCGAGUGCAACAUCUGCCUGGACACAGCCAAGGAUGCCGUCAUCAGCCUGUGUGGCCACCUCUUCUGUUGGCCGUGUUUACAUCAGUGGUUGGAGACGAGACCUAACAGACAGGUGUGUCCAGUUUGCAAAGCUGGCAUCAGCCGUGACAAGGUGAUCCCCCUCUACGGCAGGGGCAGCACUGGGCAGCAGGACCCCAGAGAGAAGACCCCUCCUCGUCCUCAAGGACAGAGGCCAGAACCGGAGAACAGAGGGGGAUUUCAAGGGUUUGGAUUUGGAGAUGGUGGCUUCCAGAUGUCUUUUGGAAUUGGGGCAUUUCCCUUUGGCAUAUUUGCCACAGCAUUUAACAUAAACGAUGGGCGGCCUCCUCCGGGUGAAGAUGCCUGGAGGUGUCGGGGCUGUGGAGACCAUGUCGCUCUGAACCAGAGGUUGUACAGGACUGUCAGUGAAGCCUGGCACAGCUCCUGCUUCCGAUGUUCUGAAUGCCAGGAUUCCCUCACCAACUGGUACUACGAGAAGGAUGGGAAGCUUUACUGCCACAAGGACUACUGGGGGAAGUUUGGGGAGUUCUGCCAUGGAUGCUCUCUGCUGAUGACGGGGCCUGUCAUGGUGGCCGGGGAGUUCAAGUACCACCCAGAGUGCUUUGCCUGUAUGAGCUGCAAGGUGAUCAUUGAGGAUGGGGAUGCGUACGCCCUGGUGCAGCAUGCCACCCUCUACUGUGGGAAGUGCCACAAUGAGGUGGUGCUGGCACCCAUGUUUGAGAGGCUCUCCACAGAGUCUGUUCAGGACCAGCUGCCCUAUUCCGUCACACAUAUCUCCAUGCCGGCCACCACCGAGGGCAGGCGGGGCUUCUCCGUGUCCGUGGAGAGUGCCUGCUCCAACUACGCCACCACCGUGCAAGUAAAAGAGGUCAACCGGAUGCACAUCAGUCCCAACAACCGCAAUGCCAUCCACCCUGGGGACCGCAUCCUGGAGAUCAAUGGGACCCCCGUCCGCACACUCCGAGUGGAAGAGGUAGAAGAUGCAAUUAGCCAGACGAGCCAGACGCUUCAACUCUUGAUUGAACAUGACCCCGUCUCCCAGCGCCUGGACCAGCUGCGGCUGGAUGCACGGCUCUCUCCCCACAUGCAGAAUGCCAGACACUCGGAUACCCUCAGCCCCCUAGACACCAAGGAGAAUCUGGAAGGGACGCUGAGGAGACGCUCCCUGAGGCGCAGUAACAGCAUCUCCAAGUCCCCUGGCCCCAGCUCCCCAAAGGAGCCACUCCUGCUCAGCCGUGACAUCAGCCGCUCAGAAUCCCUCCGCUGUUCCAGCAGCUACUCGCAGCAGAUCUUCCGGCCAUGUGACCUGAUUCACGGGGAGGUCCUGGGAAAGGGCUUCUUUGGGCAGGCCAUCAAGGUGACACACAAAGCCACGGGCAAAGUGAUGGUCAUGAAGGAGUUGAUUCGAUGUGACGAGGAGACACAGAAGACUUUUCUGACUGAGGUGAAGGUGAUGCGCAGCCUGGACCACCCCAACGUGCUCAAGUUCAUCGGCGUGCUGUACAAGGACAAGAAGCUGAACCUGCUGACGGAGUACAUCGAGGGGGGCACGCUGAAGGACUUUCUGCGCAGCGUGGACCCAUUCCCCUGGCAGCAGAAGGUCAGCUUUGCCAAAGGCAUCGCCUCUGGAAUGGCCUAUUUGCAUUCCAUGUGUAUCAUCCACCGGGAUCUGAACUCGCACAACUGCCUCAUCAAGCUGGACAAGACCGUGGUGGUGGCAGACUUUGGGCUGUCACGGCUCAUAGUCGAGGAGAGGAAGAAGCCCCCAGUGGAGAAGGCCACCACCAAGAAGCGUACCUUGCGCAAGAGUGAUCGCAAGAAACGCUACACGGUGGUGGGAAACCCCUACUGGAUGGCCCCUGAGAUGCUGAAUGGAAAGAGCUACGACGAGACCGUGGAUGUCUUCUCUUUUGGGAUCGUCCUCUGUGAGAUCAUCGGGCAGGUGUAUGCAGAUCCUGAUUGCCUGCCCCGAACACUGGACUUCGGCCUCAACGUGAAGCUCUUCUGGGAGAAGUUUGUCCCCACGGACUGCCCCCCAGCUUUCUUCCCCCUGGCCGCCAUCUGCUGUAGACUGGAGCCCGAGAGCAGACCAGCAUUCUCCAAACUGGAGGACUCCUUUGAGGCCCUCUCCCUGUACCUUGGGGACCUGGGCAUCCCGCUGCCUGCAGAGCUGGAGGAGCUGGACCACACUGUGACCGUGCAAUAUGGCCUGACCCGGGACUCGCCCCCCUAGCCCUGGCCCAGCCCCCUGCGGGGGGGCGUUCCACAGCCAGCACUGCCCCCUCUGUGCCCCAUCCCUGCUGUGGGCAGGGCCUUCCGCGCUUCCUGUGGAUUGGCAGCUUGUUUAGAAGCAGAACCGACCAUCCCUACUACCUCCCCAGGAGGCGAGCGGGUACAGCACCAGGGAAGCCACCUUCACAGGUUCUGGGGCCUGGUUACUGUCUGUAAAUCCAACACUUGCCUGAAAGCUGUGAAGAAGAAAACAA